ACAUUUUGAACAGCCAAUGAAGUCUCGGUAUUUCUUUCUUUAGCCAAAAAUCACAAAGUUGAGAAAUGGCUGACGAAAAAGAAGUCGAAAAAACGAUUGCAGAGGAUUUGGUUGUGACCAAGUACAAGUUAGCAGGACAAAUAGUGAACCGAGUCCUUGAGCAAGUCAUCGCAAAAUGCGUUCCAGACGCAUCAGCAAGAGAAAUAUGUGAAUUUGGCGAUAAACUUGUAUUGGAGGAGACUAACAAGGUUUUCAAAAAGGAGAAAGACUCCAAGAAAGGCAUUGCAUUUUCAACAUGCGUUUCUGUGAACAACUGCAUUUGUCACUUUUCGCCCAUUGCGAGCGAACCGGAUUACAUUCUGAAAAAAGGAGAUUUAGCCAAGAUAGAUCUUGGUGCUCACAUUGAUGGAUUUAUAGCUGUUGUAGCUCAUACAGUAGUUGUGGGUGAAAGUGAAGUCUCUGGACGUGCUGCAGAUGUUUUGUUGGCAGCUCAUCAUGCUAGUGAAGCGGCUCUUCGUCUCCUGAAGCCUGGUACUGAGAACUAUGCAGUCACUGAAGCCAUUCAGAAAAUAAGUGCUGAAUAUGGUUGUAAGCCAAUUGAGGGUAUGCUCUCACACCAACUGAAGCAGUUCCGUAUUGAUGGAGAGAAGAGUAUUAUACAAAAUCCAUCAGAAGCACAGCGUAAAGAACAUGAAAAAGCAACACUUGAAAAGUAUGAAGUGUAUGCUAUGGAUGUUCUAAUAUCCACUGGUGAAGCAGUUGGACGUGAAAUGGACACCAGAUGUACAAUAUACAAAAAAACUGAUGAGGUGUACCAAUUGAAACUAAAGGCUUCCAGAAUGUUCUAUAGUGAGGUUCGUAACAAACAUGGCAACAUGCCUUUCAAUCUGCGCAGUUUUGAUAAGGAGACAAGUGCAAGGUUAGGUGUUGUUGAGUGCAUCAACCACAAACUCAUUGAGCCAUUCCAGGUUCUCUAUGAGCGUCCAGGAGAAUUGGUGGCACAGUUUAAGUUCACGGCUCUUCUGCUUCCUAGUGGCACACAUCGUAUUACUGGCUUGCCUUUUGAUAAAAGCCAAUGUAAGAGUGAACGCAGCAUCAAGGAUCCAGAACUUAAUGCCCUUCUAAAUUCAUCAGCAAAAUCUAACAAGAAGAAGAAAAAGAAAACAGGAGCUGAAGAGCCCAUGGAAGUGGAGACUGCUGCCUAGCAAAAAUACAUAAGUGCCCAGGAAUAAAUGAUAUUAACAUUUUUCCACAAUAUAAAUGGACAAAAAUAACAAAAAUUGUGCAAUUUUUUACUGAGACAACCACAUCUUGACUUAUAGUUAUGUGAAUAAAUAUCUAGCUUUGUACCUACAAAUAAACCCAAGAUCUUCUCUGAUCUUGGCUUAGACACCAGAAUGCCUUCAUUUAUAGAAUACAUUUUAUAGCAUAAUAGCUUUUCAACUUUAGUGUCCAAUUUCUUUCACAUAAGUGUGUACUAAUUACUUUAUGUAGCCAUUUUGUAGGUAAAUAAAUAUGCAGUUAUUUUUGUGUACAUGCAAAUACGUUUUAUGGUAAAAUUUGAUUAUAAUCAAAUUAAUCAUUCCUGAACUGAUAUAGUUGUGCACAAAUACUUCCCUUUGCGAAGUUAAUAAUUUGAAUGUUUCAUUUUUUAAACUGGAAUGUGAUUUUGUAUGUUAAAAUAAAAAGUGUGUAUUAUUAUUUUUCACAAAAUUGUGUUCAACAUGCAUGAAUGCUAUAGAAAAUUAUAAAAUAUUGACACUGCAAGAAAAUUAAUAAAUCAAAUUGCCACAGCUGUGGCCUGUUUUGUAAA